AUCUGACCAACAAUUUCCGCAUAUUUUGUUAACGGGUUCGUUCCUACAACAAUCUGCAAUGGAUUUUCUACGCUUAUAAAUGUACGUAUGCACAUAUAUGUUGGAAUUAAAUGAAAUACGUACAUAUACAUGCGUACGUUGAAGGAAAAAUUUAAUUUUUGAUGCACCGCUCAAGCCAUCGGCAAUGUCUUUUAAUGCAAAAAAUAAUUCCUCAAAGCAGCAACAGCACCAGCCUGACGUCAUACAAUCGAAUAAUAAUUACAGCAUUCUGAGUGACGGAAAUAUUAACAGCAAUAAUUAUUACAAAAGCGUAAACGAAGAUGAGUUAAAAGAUGAAAAUGUCGAUGUCGAUCCGACCACACUGCAGAACUUGCAACCGGCGCAGCAACCACAGCAAUGGCCGACGAAUGAUUAUAACGUUAAUAGUGGUGGUGUCUUUCAUAAAAUGAACAGCAGAAGGGUGGUCCUAAACGUCGGUGGGGUGCGACAUGAAGUCAUGUGGAAGACUUUGGACAGGCUGCCAAGAACCAGGUUGGGAAAAUUGAGGACGUGUCAGGAUUGGGAAUCGUUGAAAGAUCUCUGUGAUGAUUUUGAUGCAUCCUCUAUGGAAUUUUUCUUUGACCGACAAUCCAGGUCCUUCUCUUCCAUAUUGAACUUCUACAGAACGGGGAAGUUGCACCUUGUUGAAGAUAUGUGCGUUCUGUCAUUCAGUGAUGAUCUCGAGUAUUGGAAUAUAGAUGAGUUGUAUUUGGAAUCCUGCUGCCAACACCGCUACCAUCAAUUAAAAGAACAGGUCAUGGAAGAGAUGAGGAAGGAAGCGGACAGUUUGUUAACGAAAGUUGCGGUGGAGGACUUUGGAUCAGGUAUGUGUACCGCCUGGCAGAAAAAGCUCUGGGAUUUAUUGGAAAAGCCACAAACAUCCAUGGCAGCCAGGCUGAUAGCAAUCAUUUCAGUAUUAUUCAUCGUAGUGUCGACGAUCGCCCUCACCCUCAACACCAUCCCCUCCCUCCAAGGCCGCGACAAGAAUGGAAAUGCCACUGAUAAUGACAAUCUCGUCGUCAUUGAAGCCACUCUCAGUUGGUUUACAUUGGAAUACAUACUGAGGUUAUGGGCGUCUCCGAGCAAGUUGGUUUUCAUAAAAGGCGGAAUGAAUGUCAUUGAUUUGCUGGCCAUCCUUCCUUACUACGUCUCUCUCAUGCUCCUGGAGUCCAACAAAAGCACCGAACAAUUCCAUAAUGUCAGAAGAGUUGUGCAAAUUUUCAGAGUGAUGAGGAUCAUGCGGAUAUUGAAACUGGCUCGCCACUCGACGGGCCUUCAGUCGCUGGGAUACACUCUGCAGAGGAGCUACAAGGAGCUGGGACUACUCAUGAUGUUCCUCGCCAUCGGCAUUCUUGUCUUCUCCAGUCUUGCCUACUUCGCAGAGAAGGACGAAGUGAACACGUCCUUCCACAGCAUUCCUGACACGUUCUGGUGGGCGGCAAUCACCAUGACAACCGUUGGUUACGGAGAUAUGUGUCCAUCUACGGUAUGGGGCAAGGUAGUAGGGGCCGCCUGUUGCGUUUGUGGCGUCCUCGUGGUCGCCCUCCCCAUCCCCAUCAUUGUCAACAACUUUGCGGAAUAUUAUAAAGACCAAAUGAGACGGGAGAAGGCCAUGAAGAGGAAAGAAGCCCUAGAGUUGGCGCGGAGGAGUGGAAGUAUCAUUUCAUUCAGUGGCUUAAAAUCUUUCGGAGAUUGGAAGGACAUAAAAAUGGCUGGCGGUGGUCUUGAAACCUCUGAUUCACUUGCCAGACAAAUUGCAUCUGUUAGCGCUUCCAUUAUUUCUCUGUAG